AUGGCGGAGGCGGCAUCAACCGGAAGUGGAUCAGCAAACGCCUCAAAGGCUGACUCCCAUGUGCCCGUCUUCGACAACCAGGCGAAGAACUACAGAGAGUUCAGAAGGCGAUGUGAGGUGUACAAGCAAAAGAUGGACUUAGCUGGACGUGGCAAAGAGACCAUUUUCAACUUGGUUACGUUGCUCUACGGCAGGUCUUGGGACUUAGUGGAGGACCUCGACGUGCAGCAACUCUCCGACAACGGGUUCCAGAAGGUAUUCGACCGACUGGAUAAAGCAUUUCAGUUCGACCCAUUGACUGAAUUGCCAAGUGACUUCGAGAAGUUCUUCAUCUCCCUGAGCAGGAGAACUGGCCAAACCUUGCAGGACUACACCCAGGAGUUCACGCAUGCGGAGAGACGUUUGAGGACAAUUCACAAAGUGGAUUUGCCAGAGAAGGUCAAGGCUUGGUAUUUUCUUCGACGUUCUGGCUUGUCGAAGGAACAACGACUUAUGGUGCUGAGUUCAGUUGGACAUGAAACUCUGGACCUGGACAACGUGCAGAAGACCAUGAACUUUGUGAUCGGCCAGGAUGACUAUGAGCAGUGGGUUGACUAUGACGCGAGCUACUUCGACGACAACGACACCGCCCAUGGAGAUGAGCAGGCAAGAUCGAAGAUGAACCAGAUGCGAGUCAACCGAGGUUUUUACCCAGUUGUGGCACUGAUCGACUCCAGUGGCAAAGGUGGAUCCAACAGAUCCAAGUCAAAGGGCAAGCAGAAGGGCAAAGGAGACCGCAAGAGGAAGAUCGAGGAGCAAGAGGAGCUCGUUGGCAUGGUCGAGAACACCGCUACUGCAGAGCGCUACAACAUCGACCAGGUGCCUGAUGCAGCAGUUCAAGAUGGAGGAGCAGCUUCUUUCUUGGGAUCCUAUGUCCAGAUCAGGCGCUAUCUGUUCUACUUGAAGGACCUUGGCUACAACAUCGAGAACAUCGAGGUUUUCAAGUGCAAGAAGGGCUUCAAGUACGGCAACUCUGAGAAGGAGAUCGCAACACUGUGUCUUCUACUUCCAAUCUUUGCUGGAUUUCGUCGACGACAUGUCCUAUGCUAUGCAGUCGGUGGCACAUGUGCGAUCUUGAUUGGACGACCCUUGCUUGAACGACUAGGCUUGACUGUGGACUACGCCACCAGGAAAUACAAAUGGAAGGGACAACCAUGGAAACCGGUUACUCUUGGCCCCAAGGAUGAAUACUUGGUGCGACUUGCAGAGAACUAUGAGGAGGAGCAACCGGAGGUUUUGGUCCCCGACGAUCACGAGGAGCACAUCGACUUCACCAACAAGCUCACUGUGGACUACCUGAUGAACGACGAGCCAUGUGGAGAAAGCGACACCAUCGGCAUGGCAGCAGAGGAUGAGACCAACGACAGGGACGUCACCGAGUGUGCGUUGACACCUUCACCAAUGCCGUCACCAGACUGUGACGAUGAGGUUGCCCCGUCUGGGCACAAUACAGGAGACACUCCUAUCAAUGUGGAGGACAACGAGCACUCUGGCGACAUGCAAGCUGAGGAGCCCAAUCGUAACGAAGAGGGAUCCCCGACUGAAUUUGUAUACACUUUGCAUGAUACUUCAACGGUCAAGAGACUGAGGCCGUCUAUGCUGACGAAGAUGAUUCACACCGCCGAGCACGAGAAGGACAAGAUGCGCAAAGAGUUGGCAAAAGCUGGAUGUAUCGAUCAAGGAGUCUUCUCACCGCUGAGGAAGGUGUGGGAAGUCUACGUUGGUCGAGGACGAGUUUCUGAGGACUUUGAUCGACCACGAGACCGAGCACUUUUCCUGAAGCGACUCAAGAAGGAGGAGCCUGAUGAGAUCCUGAUCGCACCAGCAUGCAGACUCUGGUCUUCACUACAAGAACUCUCAGCUUCGAGGAGUGAGGAGGCGCGUCGUGAGCUCAUGAAGAAGAGGCAGAAGGAUCAUGACACUCAUUUGACAUUUACAGCAAUUGUCUAUGAGGCCCAACGUAGAGCUGGCAGGCAUGCGACAACAGAGCAUCCACACAAGAGCAGAGCUUGGAAGACUAAGGCAUACAACAGGAUGAAGGGUUACGACUGCUACGUCGACCAGUGUGCCUAUGGUCUCAAACUUGGACAAUGGCACCCAGCGAAGAAACCAACUACGUUCAGGACAACAAAGAAGUCUCUCUACAACCGCCUGUGGAGAGGAUGCCCUGGAUGCCCAUACCAUGUUCCCAUCGAAGGAAGUGCAAAAGGCUUUGGACUUCGUUCUGCAAUGUCCGAGGACUACCCCCCCAAGUUGGCCAAGAAGCUGGCAGAACUACUUGCAGAGGAGCCGACUGAGGAGGAUGGUGAUCCCAUCAUGCCUGUGGAUGAAGAGAUUGAUGCAGAGGGUGACGCAGUCAUGGUGGAGGUCAAGGAGAAGAAGGACGACGAUGUCAUCUUGCUCAACGCCAGACUACGUGGAGAAGUUGGACCAGCAGCCUACAACUAUGUCAAGCGCUUGCACAAGUCUCUUGGACAUCCACAACCAGCAGUUCUCAAGAAGAUGCUUGAGGAGGUGCAGGCGACGCAGAAUGUCUUGAAGGCUGCAGAGGACUUCAAAUGUGCAGUUUGCUAUCAUCGAAAGCUUCCAGCCACAGUACCACCAGCAGCUCAACUUGUGGCGAAGAACUUCAACGACAGGCUGAUGGCAGAUUCAGCUUGGAUCGACACCGAUGAUGGCAGAAAGUGUGUGGUCACAUUUCUGGAUCACGCAACUCGCUACGUGUCCAUCCGCAUCUUGAAGACGGAGAGAUCGGACAAGUUCAUCAAAGGCUUGGAGAGAUCGUGGAUCAAUCAGUUUGGAGUUCCACACUGCUUGAGGGUCGAUGAGGCGAAAGGCUGGUCAUCGAAGUUGAUCAGAGAAUGGUGCUCAGACAGAGGCAUAGCGUUGGAGGUAGCCCCAGGUGAAGCACACAACUGGUUGGCCCCUGUUGAACGCAAACAUCAAGUUGUUCGCAAAGCACUGGAGCACUACAUGGCUGAGAAGGGAGUCAACAAUGUCAAGACCCUGGAGGAGGCCUACAUCUACCUCUUCAACCCUGGAUGCGACGCCAUCGACGACGCUUCAAAGUUUGUGGAGAUUCAGAGGAGACGCUUCACAGCUCAGAAAGCUUGGAUACAGGCUGACAGCGACGCGAAACUGAGGAGAGCCAUGAACAAGAUCUUCCAGGAGACAAAAGAUGAUGUCCAGAUAGGACAGAAGGUCUGGUUCUGGCGCAAAGCAGGAUCAGGCAUCUUGCAGAAGGCAAAAUGGCGUGGACCAGCCCGAGUCGUUGCCAAGGAGGUCAAUGAAGAUGGUAAGGUUCUCACACUAUGGCUGACGCAUGGAACAAGCUUGGUCCGAUGCUCACCACACCAGGUGAGACCCAUGGUCGAAGAACAAGGAUGCCCGAUUGCAGCUGACCCAGACGCAGCUCUGAAAGAUCUACAAGAACUUCGAGCGAGGAGUACAACACAGUUUCGGGACAUCACUGAUGCCGACCCUGAACUUGAGGACAUGGCUGAGGAGCAAGCAGACGACUACGAGCCGAGCAUUGCCCCUGAUGAUGAGGACGCAGAGAGAGAGAUGAGGUCAUGA